CUCGACCGACGGGGGUACUUGAAGAGAUACUGCUGCCGGAGAACGAACAUAGUGGUCAAGUGGUCCAUUACGCUCGCCCGCCCUCUCGCCCGCUCUCUCUCGUUCGUUCGUUCGUUCGUUCGUUCGUGCGCGUCCUCCUCCGAGUCGUCGUCUCUCCUCGCUCUCGUCCUCGUCGUGUCCUCGUGCGUGCAAUCCGAGAAAUUCCGUCUCCUCGGCGAGUUCUGGAGAAACUCCGGAUAAGUGACCCGCGGGCUGAACGACAGCAAUGUGCAGCGUGUCGCGUAGCUAAUGCAACGCGAUUGCGCAAAGGCGCACGCCCACGCGUUAUGUUAAUGUUAUCGAAGUGUAGUUAUCGCGACGCAAAACGAUUUAACGCUCGGGAAGUCUCACUCCGUCGACAUUAUUAGCGCAAAAGUCGAGAGCGACCCGCUCGCCCCUCCCCUCCCCCCAGCACGUGGAGCGUGCUCUGCAACCCUCCGCGAUGGGGUUGCCAGAUGGACGGGGUUUCCGGGAAUGUCCCGGAAUGUCUUAAGCUUGCCCUGUGUCCAGGAAUCUAAGUCUUCUGUCCCGGAAACAAAUCAAAAUUUCAACAAAGUCAUGAUUAACAUUCAUGUUUCUAACUGGUACCAGAAGGAUACUUGAGAGCGGCCAUCGCGCCGCUUAUAGAAUCGAAUUUUUCGACGUGCCACCUGAGAAAAUUCAUGUCGACUGAGCCAUUAUCGUGGUGAAAAAUACAGUCGCACGGUUUACGCCCGGACUUCUCUCUGCUAUUACCUAAUUCGCGCAUUUGUUUGUCGCGAGAGUGGCGGCAGCUCUUAGCUGUCUCUUACUCCUCCAUCUCUCAAAUUUAACCAAAAAAUUCUCCGAUAACCCAUCUUUCAAUCGUCGCCUAAAAAAUGUCCCGGAAACAGUCACUUCGCAUCUGGCAACCCCACUCCGCGAUGACUUUCCCCAUAGGUUGCCUCAAAAAAGUUAAACGCACAGGACGAUCGCUCCGCGGGAAUCGGCGUCCCGCGCGCUCUCUCGAGACAUCAAAUUUCGCUACUUGCGCGCAACAAAGAAUCGUCACGUCGCGCGGUUGCAGAUCGCGGUAAGGCGGAGGAGGAGGAAGAAGAAGAGGAGGAUAAGGGCAACGCCAUGGGAAUCGGAGGCAGGCGGAAAGGAGAGGGACAGGGACGAGGAAAAAAUGCGGGGAUGCGUGUGGGUAUACGCUCGAAGAUGUCACAAUAGCGGUUGCACCGCGUGACAACCGCACGCCACGCGUCUCUUCCCACCCACACGCUAUUCCACCGUCUUCUUCUCUCUCUCUCUCUCUCUCUCUCUCUCGCUCUUUCCCUCUUUCUCUCGCGCUCUCGCGCCCUACGUCGUCGCCCCAACCGGCCCCCGGCUCGACGGGGCCCCGGCUCUCCUCGUUUCUUCCUCUCACCCACUCAGUCAGUAAAAAGCUCACUCGGCUUGUAAGUGCCGCGAAAAGCUCAGUCGCUCGCGAGCUGCGCUCGAGUGCACACCUCGGUUCUCUGCGAGUGCUUCGCGUGUGUCUCUUCGUCAUGUGAGGCCUCCGCGAGACCGUGGGCGCCUGUUGACAUCUUUUUUUCCUCCUUCUUCUCCUCCUUCUUCUUCACCUCCUCCUCCUCCUCAUUCUCCUCCUACUUUUUCUUCUUCUUCAGCACCACCUUCUUCUUCUCUGCUUUUCUCCUUUCUUCUCCUCCGCGUAGAGACACGCGCGCGUACGUACGUCGUGCGUGCGUGCGUGCGUGCGUGCGUGCGUACGGUGGUGAGAUGAGGUGAGAACUCGCGGCGCGAAUAUCUCUCGUCCACGCGGAGGGCUCGGAGGGCGAAGGGGUGCCUCGCACGCGCGCGCUGGCAAAAUGCGCGGCUCAACGGUGCUGCUGAUAACGGCGAUCGCGAGCAUCUUCCCGCCGGUCGCCGCGAAUCCCGUCCUCAACGCCGCGCAAGAGAUGUCCUGCUGUUCGCAGGCUGCUGGAUCCUGUCGGAACGUGUGCUCCAAGAUCUCUUUGGUGGUGCUGGGCGCGGAGACCGAGGCGCGGGGGAACGCCACUCAACGGCUGCUGGAGUUCUGCUCGCUGGAACUGGUAAGUCGUCUGGCGCGCACGGAUCCUCGCGGACGCAGCUCCUUUCAGCUCGAAUCUUCAAUCGAAAGUCUGCCGACAAUGAGCGUCUUAAGCGUUUCGGGAUAUCUGCAAUGUGAUCCGCGUGAUCUUUUUUUUUUCCUUUUUUUUCAACGCGCUGGCAGCUUCAUGAAAAACGAUUCCGAGAGACUUGCAGUCGCGAUCGGUCGAUCGCGCGGCACUUCCUUCGGUAUCCUUCGUCAUUUUCUCUUUUUCCCUCUUCCUUUGUUCCUUUUCUUCGGUCGCGAGACUGUCUUCACUGACGCAAGACGUCGCAUCUUCUUUCAGGUGAACUUCUGGAGCUGCGUGAACUCCACGUUCAACGAUCUCAAGAGAAACGAGAAUUGGUUGGGUCGCGGAUGUUGCCACCUCGCGCAGAACCCCACGUGUCGCACGACCUGCGCCCUGUCGGGCUCCAGGAGCGACCUGGCCCAGUACUGCCGGCCGAGCGACGAACCCGAGUUCUUCUUCUGCCUGGAGAAACGCGAGGAUGCCGAGCGAUGUUGCAGCAACGUCUCCAACGACACCUGCAGGUCCAUCUGCAAGGACCUCUUCUACAAGACGGGCAAGCAGUCCAGCCUGAAGCUGUACAGCAGCAUGGGUUGCUUCCAUCAGGUUCCCAAGUGCCUGAAGAGCGUCGCUGAUGUGAAGCACGCCGAGGAUCCGAAGCAACAUCUGCACUGUUGCGACGAAGCGUCGACGCCAUUGUGCUUAGACACGUGCCGGAAGAUCCUGCACACCGCGACCACCGACCAGGAGAUCAUGGACGCCCUGACGGAAAGCUGCAGCCCCGUUUUCCCGCAGUUGCCCAUGUGGAGCUGCCUGUUGAAGUCCGACUCGUCGAAGCCCGCGCGUUUACCGUUAGACGCCGGCAAGCUGGCGUGCUGCACGAAAGCGGUGAGCUCGUCUUGCCAGAAUUUAUGCUGGCGCGCCUUCCAGGCCGACUGGGAGUCCGCCUGGCCACAGUUGGACGCUACAUGUCUCUCGUCCAGCUUGGAAGGCGAGCUCAGGAGAUGCCUCGAGGACGCGGAUGAUCCUUGCGAGAUGGGCUGUUCCGGCUUGUCGUAUUGCGCGCGAUUCAACGACAGACCCACUACACUCUUCAGGUACGAUGCUCCGAAUAGACAAGGAGACCUGGUCGCAUCGACACAGCCUGAAACUCAGACUGCUUUGCUUCAUCAGGUUUGGUUUCAUCAAGUCGCGAUCGAGUCGCGAGCGCGACGUCGACGUGACUUAGGAGCAGGUUUUCACUCUCAUCUCUGUCGCGAUAUAACCACGGUAAGAUAUUAUUUUCUUUCUAGAACGUGCACGACCACGGCUGACGAGGCUGCGAAAUGGGAAGCUGAUCAUUGGUCCCAAGGUGGCAUCAUUCGCGGAUUAGGUGUGCCGGUGCGAGCCGCCGCUUCCUGCCCAGCGGAGACCCUGCGCACAGCCGCUUGUCUUCUGCAGCUGCGACCUUGCGAGAGCAGGAUUCACGAGACGCGACUUUGUCGCGAAGACUGCCUGGAGUUGAUGGCCAGCUGCGUGGACUGGAGCGCGAUCGACGGGCCCCACACCGCAGCUACUCUGUGCGCCAAGCUGUCGCCAGGUAGACCAGACGCACCGUGCGUCUCGUUGGGGCCGUUCCUGAGGAGUCCGCAGGACGUCGACGACGACGGGAACGUCCUCGAGUCCGCUAUGCUUCCCGAGGAGGACAUCACGACUCCCUGCAAGCCGAAUCCGUGCUCGCCGGGUCACCUCUGCAUGCUCCAGCCGAACAGCGUCAAGGUGUACCGCUGUCUACCGGCCUGCUCGCUGGGGGAGAUGUCGAAGCAGCUGGUGCCGGUCGGUACCUGGAUCCAAGUGCCACGAUUCGAUCAGCACGGCUGCCUGAAUGUCUGCCAAUGCACAAACCGCGGCCUGGAGAAGUGCCGGGUCCUCAAUUGCUUCAACUUCAAGUCCUGCUGGGUGCACGACCGGUUUAUCGCGCACAAGGCCAGCUUCUACCUCGAGUGUAACCCUUGCCACUGCUUCGAGGGCGAGUUCACGUGCUCCAAGAGAAACUGCGGCGAGCCACGCGCGCCGUCUCUACCCUGCGACUGUUCAGCCCACUACGUCCCCGUCUGCAGCAGACUGGGCGUGACCUUCGCGUCCGCCUGCUUGGCCAAGUGCGCCGAGUUGUCGGCGACGGAUGUGGAAUUUGGCAGCUGCUCCAGCAGGGACCCCUGCGCGUCCAAUCCCUGCGGCAGCGCGGAGAAGUGCGUCCGUAGACCUCGAGUCUGUUUGUCGCGUCUGCACAAGCCCUGCCGGCAGUACGAGUGCGCGCCGAUGGAUUGUAACCCGCGUGACGAGUCCAGCGGGCCCGUCUGCGACCAGGAGGACCGCCAGUACCCUUCCGUCUGCGCGAUGAUCCGGGCCGGCUCUAGUCUGAGCUACAGAGGACCUUGCUUGAGAGGCUGCAGUCUUCGGGGUCCGGUGUGUGGCGUCAACGGCGAGAUGUACGCCAACGAGUGCGCUGCAUGGGCCGAGAGAGUCGUCGUGGACUACCAGGGUCCCUGCGUCGCCGUCGGCCUCAUCGGGGACGCGAUGAAGCCUCGCUGCGGUGACAUCGUCCAGUGUCCCCCAUUGGCGGAGCCGUAUUGCAUCGGGGUCACCCCUCCUGGCGCUUGCUGUCCCGUUUGCGGAGGCGCCGCGAGGCUGAUCUACUCCAAGAAGCAGUUGGAUCGGAUUUACUACAUGAUGGACGAAGAAGCCGACAAGGACUCCGUCACUCUGGAGGUCCUUCUGACCGCUUUGGCUCGUCAGCUGCGCGUGGCGCAGUGCGCCGUUCGCGGUAUGCUGACUCCCGACCUCGACGUCUUCAUCAUCGUGCAGCCGGUCACCAAGAAGCCGUCGGCGCUGCAGCUGCGAGCCUGCGUCACGGAGACGGAGAAGCUGGUCACCAGGAUCUCGGAGAGGAGUUCCAGAAUCGCGGCGGAGAUCCCGCUAGGCUCGCUGACCCGCGCCGAGGUGGCUCACAACUACGUUUCGAGUGCCAUGACAAUUCGGGGCUGGCUCGCGACCGUUGCCGUCACGAGCGUCGUUCUCGUGUUGAACGUUCUGUCCUAAGCGCUAUUACGACGACAAGAGAACACGAGGCACGUCGUUUAUGCCGUGUCUCGAGAUCAGGACGCGUUUUGUUCGAUUUGUGCGCGUUCACCAUCGCAAUAUCUUGGCUCCGGGGUCGUCUGAGAGUCCGCAGUCAUAAGCGACGUGCCUCGCUCUUUCUCUCGUUCUUCCUCGACGUUAACAGCGUCCCUUUACCUAAUCGCGAUGCCAUUCGCGACGGCGAAUGGUCUGUAGCGUGUCUCGUGUCUGUGAUUCUUCUAGUGCCUCCGUAAUAUAUACAGCAGUAUAAGAUUAUAUAUAUAUAUAUUUUUUAAUUACCGACUCAUAUUGCCAAAGAGAGAGAGAGAGAGAGAGAGAGAGAGAAGAGAAGUGUAUAGCGCGAGGAAGAGAUGUACAAAGGUGUGGAAGGUUCAUCGAGCGCGCACGGAUACGUCGUGAACACAUGCUCAUUGUAAGUUGUAAAUAAAUAAGGCGUCGUAAACUUAUAAGUUACCAGUUCGCAGAUAUCGUGACAUAUAUCGUGGUAUAUCGUGUGCCGCAGAUGUAACUUUUACACAGCGCGUCCUUCUGAAAAAUGGACAGAGCUCUCGAAGCGAGGCGAGUUUUAAAUUUCCCAACAGCUCGGCAACAGCCCAACAGCAUCAAUUUUAGCCUCGCGACAGCGAAAAUCGAUACGGAACUCUGCUAAUAAAAAGGAGAGAAAAAAGUAAGAACCGCGGGGAGUAACUCGCGUGUGCGAGCGAAAUUUCUCCAGGAACGCGCUGUGUAGGUACGGUUUUACACUGCUGAGCGUUCCGAAUGUUGUUCUCUCAUGCCGCGAAUAAAUAAGUUAAUUUGUGGUAAGAUACUCGUCGGGGGGAGGGAGGGGGGGGGCGGGAGGGAGUGCUCGUUAAAGUAAGGAUUAAGGGAACGACGGUCCUCGCACUUUUAUUAUUUAUAAACAUGC